UGAGCCCCCGCAACUGGCACCCGGCCGCGCCUCUCGCCUUUCCGUAAGGGAACAUGGCAACGCCCUACGUGGGACAGGCGCCUCCCGGCUCAGACCUUCCUCCCGCUACCCGACACUGAGGAGCCGCCGCGCUGGCCGCUACCCACCCGAGCCCGGCGGGGAGGACCGCUCGCAGCGCAGCGAGGGAUGCGGCCUCCGAGGGGCAGGGGUUGAACCGGCCCUGCCCGCCGCGCAUCCUCCCCGCCUCCGCCGCCGCCAGAUCCCCGGCGGAGCGGCAGAAGGGAAGACGCCCACUCCGCAGCAGGAAAGUGAAUGAACUUAAUUGAGAAUGUCUGAAAACCUUGACAAGUCCAAUAUAAACGAAGCAGGAAAAUCAAAAUCAAGUGAUUCUGAGCAAGGCCUUGAAGAUGCUGUGGAAGGUUGUGAUGAAGCUUUACAGAAAAAUAUAAAGUCGGGCUCUCCAAGCACCCAAAGAGUGCAAAGACCUCACUCUAGUCCUCCUCGAUUCGUGACAGUAGAAGAACUUCUGGAGACAGCGAAAGGCGUCACGAACAUGGCCCUAGCCCAUGAGAUUGUUAUAAACGGAGACUUUCAGAUUAAACCCGUUGAGCUGCCAGAAGACAGCUUGGAGAAGAGAGUAAAGGAUAUUGUCCAUAAAGCUUUUUGGGAUUGCUUGAGUGUCCAGCUAAGUGAAGUCCCCCCAACGUAUGACCGGGCCAUCAAGCUUGUUGGUGAGAUCAAAGAGACUCUCCUGUCCUUCUUGCUGCCUGGUCACACUAGACUGAGAAUCCAGAUAACAGAAGUCUUGGAUCUGGAUCUGAUAAAGCAGGAGGCAGAGAACGGGGCCCUGGACAUUUCCAAGCUGGCAGAAUUCAUUAUUGGCAUGAUGGGGACAUUGUGUGCACCUGUGCGAGAUGAGGAAGUGAAGAAACUGAAGGACAUUAAGGAGAUAGUGCCCCUCUUCAGGGCAAUUUUUUCAGUGUUGGACCUAAUGAAAGUGGACAUGGCGAACUUUGCUGUCAGUAGCAUUAGGCCGCAUCUCAUGCAGCAGUCGGUUGAAUAUGAAAGGAAGCAGUUUCAGGAGUUCUUGGAGAAGCAGCCAAAUUCCCUGGACUUUGUCACCCAGUGGCUGCAAGAAGCCACAGAUGACCUUAUGAGUCAGAAGUAUAAAAAUGCCCUGCCAGCUGCAGGAGGGGCCGCCGGCUCUGGGGACGGUCCCCGGCUAGAUCCCGUGGCCGUCCAGAAUUAUGCGUACCUGAAGCUUCUGAAGUGGGACCACCUCCACCGACCCUUCCCUGAAACAGUUUUGAUGGACCAUUCUCGCUUCCAAGAGUUCCAGCUCCAGCUGGAGCAGCUGACCGUCCUGGGGGCCGUGUUGCUGGUCACGUUCAGCAUGGCAGCCCCAGGGAUCACCAGCCGGGCUGACUUCGCCGAGAAACUCAAGAUGAUUGUAAAGAUUCUGCUCACAGACAUGCAUCUGCCCUCCUUCUGCCUGGAGGACGCCCUGACUGCCGUCGGGGAGAAGGUCUGCCUGGAGGUGAGCAGCUGCCUUUCCCUGUGUGGCCUCAGCCCCCUCACCACGGACAAGGAGGCCGUGCUCAAGGGUCAGAUCCAGGCCGUGGCCAGUCCCGACAACCCCAUCCGCAGGAUCGUGGACUCCCGAAUCCUGACCUUCUUAGACACCUACCUUGCCUCAAGUCAUCAGAAGCCAUCGCCCAUAGCCCCUGGGGGAUUGGGUCCGAUUCAGAAAGAGCUGGAGGAAGUUGCUGUUAAAUUCGUGCGCCUGGUCAACUAUAACAAGAUGGUGUUCAGUCCCUACUAUGAUGCGAUCCUCAGUAAGAUCCUCGCCAGAUCCUAACACGUAUAGUCCCUGUAGCAGCAGUAUUACUUGCUCGACCUGUUCUCAGCUGUGAUGUGGCUUUGGAAAAUGGCUAUUUAGUACAUUUCUGUUUAAUAGCACUGAUUCCAAAAGGAAGAAUAUUGUGUAUCAGUGUUGAGAAGACUUGUUGGAAAAUGCACUGAAUUCUCUUUUGGGGUUUGUAUUUAUGAGUGCAAGUUUACAAAUCAGAGAGGCUGUUGUCCUGAGUUUCAUAGGUAGCACUCAGCUUUUAACAGGGCUGCCCUGUGUCUCCACCCCCAGUGUAGCAUGGUCGUAGCUGCCUGUCUCUCCCUGGAGUCUGAGACCGCUCUUCUGCCAUCUGGGUGGUUUUUCUUCUAGACACCCGAGAGUAUCUGACAGCCACCCCCGAGUGAAGAAGGCAAGCCAUGAUGCCUUUAGACUCGUCCCUCUCUGGCACAGCCCGCCCCUCCUCCCUUCAGGUAUUUUAUGUUAGAAGAACUUCAUAAAUCUUACUGCCUCCCAUCUGCCCCCCUCGACCCCCAGUUAUUUAUUGCUCUCUCCCCUCCUGGCCUAGCCAGAGCCCUAGAACCUUUCAUUCUAGUUGAGUUAUUAAUAUUUGAUUUAAAAAAGCUUCCUCUUUUGUACAAAAUUACUUCUGAACCUGGAUGAUAGUGUUUAUGGGAUGUAGAGAAAGGAAAAUUCUUUAAUUUUUAUGUCUUGAAAGUUGAGGAAUUUUAAAAAAAACAAUAUGUUAGUGUAAUAUAAAAGAAGACAGAUAUCGGAGGUUUUUACUGAAAAGUUCACUCUGAUACAACACCUCGAGGUAUUGACUGAAUUUGAAUUCCAGAAUUGGAUUUAAGUGUUUUCAGAUAAAAUAGCAUAAGCUCACUUACUUCUCAGGUAAUGAAGUUAUAGGAAAUCUUUGGUUUUUCAGCAGUAUUUAUCUAGGAACUUGCGUGACCAGAGUUCCUGACAUAUCCUGUGGCUAAAAGGGUAGCUUGGGGUCUCAUAGAUGACCUGUUUUGUUAAAAAAUAAAUGUGUAUCUUAGAUUGGGACGUUAUGUGAGAAAGCGAACUGUGAAGUCAUUGGGGUGAUCCCCAGCUGCCAGAACCACAGGGGUGGCGUCAUGCAAGGAACCCCUUCAUUCAAGCCCAGAAGGGCAGGGGUGGAGCUGGGGACAGGGUUGGGGAAACAUCCACCCUGUGGACCACCUAGUGAUACCAGGUUCCAGAGGAGCUACUGGUUAUACUGGGAGGGAUGUGAUUUCUCCAUCUAUUGGCUUCAGACUGCACUCUAAUAUUUUUACUUGCAGUCAGCAAUGUAUGCUGGGUUCCAUGGUCAGAGGUCAUAUUAAUAAAGUUUAGUCUCAAGGACAAAUCCUCCCUGGUUUCCUGGGAAGAGGUUAAAAGCUCAGUAAGUAGAACUUUUAAGAAUAAAACCACAUCUUCUGUAGCGCCUUCAGUGAGGUCACCUCUGGAAUUGUUCCUGGAGGUCAGGCUGCCGUGGUCGUAGAGAAUGAGGCAGUGGGUGGGGUGGGGAGGGCACCCUGGCUUGCCUCCACCUCAGUGUUCAGGGGUUCCCCACCCCAUACAAGGAUGUGGGAGAGGGGUGUAACCCCCACAGAUGCAGGGCGGGUCACCACCUCCUGUAGUCAUUUUCCCUAAAUCUCGAGUUCUUCAUUCUGCUUUCUUUUGUAAGAAUUAACUCUUGGAUUUCUUUUCCCCCUCAUGGGUUCCUACAUGGCUAGAGUGACGUUUGGACAGUUUGAAAUCUUGAUGCCCAUGUAACAGGGAGCUUCACAGACUCCUCAUGGGUUCCUAACAUGGAUAGAGUAAGGUUUGGACAGUUUGAAAUCUUGAUGCCCAUGUAACAGGGAGCUUCACAGACUCCUCAUGGGUUCCUACAUGGAUAGAGUAACGUUUGGACAGUUUGAAAUCUUGAUGCCCAUGUAACAGGGAGCGUCACAGACUCCUGUGGCUCCCACUACCUCAGUGUCCCCUGGUGGAAUUCUACAAGAGCCAGAAUGAAGACAGUGAAGUUCAGAAUCACGAUAUUCAUAUUGAAUCGUUUUGCUGUUGCUCUUUGAAGAUAAGUGAGCUAGUUUUUCUUCCUGGAAUCUCAUAGGAUUAUCACUAAGGGCCAGGAAAAUUCGUUUAGUUAUUUAGUCACUCAGGAAAUGUCUGCUAAGCAUCUACUUAAAACUCCCCCACCACAGGGUAUUUUGUCCCUCCAAGACAAAAUACCUUUGGCAUAUAAAUUAUCCGUCAAAAUUGAACUGGUUUUAUAUAUAUACUGCAUGUUGAUUGGAUUUGACAUGGUUUCCUGCCUAAAAGGGUUUGUGGAAAACAUAUCUUUAGGGAAGUGCUGUUUAUUUGGCAAUAGUACUUCACUACCAAUGGGUAGAAUGCGCCUUGAGAGCUGGGUUGCUAUCAGCAGGUCAGUUUAAUUUCUCUGAUAGUUUCCUAAAUGAGUGAGUGAGUGAGUGAGUGAGUGAAUAAAUGUCUAGAAGUCAGCUGUCAAUUGAUUAGGUGACUAGUGGGUGGGGUCUCCCUGUAUGUAUUUUUCUUUUUUUAAUCUCAUUAAUUCUAAAGCAAGCUGUAAAAUGUGAUUGUUCAUGUAAUGUAACCCUAUAAAUAUACUUCAGGAGAAGAGUUACACUGAUAUGUCUUACUGAUUAAUGCAGUGGACAGGUAUACAGGAACUUUUUCUCUGUGAAGAAAAGUUAUUAAAAAGUUUGACUCAAUAGGCAUAUAACAUGCACAUUGACUGGCUGACAAUUCUGAAUGGCUUAUUUAGCAGUUCUGUUUUUGUGGCUUAUUUUAAUUUCUCCGAAGUCUCAAGAUUCCUGGGAAUAGAGCAGCCUAAUUUCCUGCUGAAUUUCAAGGGAGUGAAUUAGGUGUUUGCGGUUUGAUUUCCAGUGACCUUUUGACAUGCCCUGACUUGUAUGUAAUUUGUAUUUCUUUUGAGGCAGAAUAGUAGACUGGGAGGACUAACAGCGGUCAAGAAACCAGAGUUCUAAUCCCAUUUCUGUCAUGUGAUUAGCUGGAGCAAAUCAGGACCCAUUUCAAUACCCAUAAAAUGAAAGGACUAGAAAAGGGCCUUUCAAGUCUGACAUUCUGUGAUAAAUUUGACUGGAAUAACUGAAGUAGACUGUGGUCGGAUUGUGCAGAAAGAUCCUGACUUAGAGGAAGAUCUGGGUUGAGUCUUUCCUGUGUUACCCUCUUGCAAGGUUCGGUGGUAGUGGGCCAUUCUGCCUUCAGUUCAGUUCAGUUCAGUCGCUCAGUCGUGUCCGACUCUUUGCGACCCCAUGAAUCACAGCACGCCAGGCCUCCCUGUCCAUCACCAUCUCCCGGAGUUCACUCAGACUCACGUCCAUCGAGUCCGUGAUGCCAUCCAGCCAUCUCAUCCUCUGCCGUCCCCUUCUCCUCCUGCCCCCAAUCCCUCCCAGCAUCAGAGUCUUUUCCAAUGACAAGAAUACUAACUCACACUUCCUGUGAGGAUUAAAUUUGAUAAUGGAUAUUAGAAUGCUUUGUACACACAAAAGAACUAUAAAUGGCUUUAUUAGCAACAAAGGAGAGUAUUCUAACCUUUCUGCCUGUGGGUGAUGACAGAUUUGACUGCUGGUGCCCAGCCUCCUUCAGUCAAGCACGUUCUACAGGCCUAUAGGGAAGGUUUUCCUCCCAUCCUGUCCAAGACUGUUAUUUUCUUUUAUCAUCUCUUCUGUACCAGAGCUGCAAUCUUACUUCUUUUAUAUGCUGCCACUCACCUGUGCUCCAGUGAUUUCUCACUUCCACCUCCAUGUUAUUUGAAGUAAAUGAAUGGAUGACUGAAUGGUAGUGGAUGAUAGGCUAUGAAACUCAUAUUAAAAGGCAAUAUCUCAUUGAAAACCUAAAUAAAGAAUUACAAUGA